AUGGCGAGCAAGGUCGACCGCAUCGUCGCGCGGCUGCAGGAGAAGAUCGCCGACGGCGACUUCUACGAGGCCCAGCAGCAGACGCGCGUCGCCGCCUCGCGCUACAUCAAGACGAGCAACUGGCCCGCCGCCAUCGACAUCCUCGCCAGCGUCGCCCAGGCCCUGCUCCGCGCCGGCCAGGGCGGCAGCGGCGGCGACCUGUGCGUCAUGCUCGUCGACGUCUACCGCCAGGCCGAGCUGAAGCCCGACGCCGCCGCGAAGGGCCGGCUGCUGACGUGCCUGCGCCUGUUCGAGGCUGGGGAGCCGACGAGGAAGAAGUUUGUCGGCGAGAUGAUUGGAUGGUCUGCCAAGUUCGGCGAGUACCCCGCCGGCGACCCGGAGCUUCACCACGUCGCGGGAUCGAUAUACGCCGAGGAGCACGACACGUACGAGGCGGAGCGGCACCUGCUGCUCGGCACCAAAGACUCCCCCGAGGUGCUAUUGAAGAUGGAGUACGCGUGGUACAAGGAGGGCGACGCCCACAUGGCGCCGCACUUUGCCGCGCGCGCCAUCCUCCCCUACCUGCUCGUGGGCAACGUCCGCGCCGCCAACACGUGCUACCGCCUCUUCACCAGCGCCCUCAGCAGCGACAGCCCCAACCUGGGCGUGCAAGACGUGUCGAGCGCGAGCUCCGACGUGCGCAUCUUCCCCAGCCUGCCGCUGCUCAACUUCCUCGGCCUGCUGCUGCUGGCCAUCCAGCGCGGCGCCCCCGAGGUGUACAAGGGCCUCGUCUCCAAGUACGCGACCCAGGUCAACGAGGCCGAGGUCUGGGCCGAGCCCCUCGAGAUGAUUGCCGAGAUGUACUUUGGCAUCCAGAAGCCGCGCCAGAGCAACCCCCUCAUGGACAUGAUGAGCGGCUUCUUUGGCGGUGGCGGCGCGCCCCAGCAGCAGCCCCCGCGACGGGGUCUGCGCGGCGUAGAUGCGCCCGCGCCGGCGGGGCUGGACUGA